CCCCUCUGCUGCGAACAGGAGCUGUGAAGAGAAAGACUGUGGGCUAACUUUGUCCUGCCCGGCUUCCCUUCACAGUACAAGGGGCUUUGUUUCAUUGAAGAGCAACGAGCUUCGCUUUUAGUUUGAAUAUCACACACUAGAAGUAGAGGCGUCAGAAACACGUCCGUGACAUUUUGGAUAAAUUGUGUGGGCACAAAGAGGAGAGAGGGGAGAGUGCGACGGAGCGGACAAAGUUGACACUCCGCUGUCAUGUUUGGUACUUGUUGCACACACACACAACACUGGAGCCUCUAGUGUGGGCAGCGUGCUGGGAGCAGGGUCUUCGGUAUCACCAUGAGGCUGUGACACAACAGGGACCAUGAUGGCAGAGCUGGAAAUUGACCAGUCUAACCUUCCACGUGUCCAAGAAGUGUGCCAGAGUUUCGCUGUGCUGGAGGAUGGAGUGUUGGCACACAACCUGCAGGAACAGGAGAUCGAGCAAUACUAUACCACCAACAUCCAGAAGAACCAGCUAGUGCAGAAUGACAUCCGCGUAGCGAAAAUGCUGCAAGAUGAGGAGGAAGAGGAGCAGGCCAUUCAGAGCACCCUCUUCAGACACGCCUCCAGACAACUAGAGGAGGAAGACUUUGAGUACGCCCGUUUAAUCCAGGAGGAGAUCCAGCACUGUGCUGAGCAGUCCCGGAGGAGGGAGCAGGAGGAUGAGGAAAUCGCUAAACGAUUGCAAGAAGAGGAGAAGCAGAGAAUCACGAGGAGGAGCAGGGGCCCGGACAGCGAAGGCAGCGCCAGUGAUCCUGCACUGCCCUCACCACACCAGCACACACUCAGCAGCCUGCACCCAGGAGAGGAGCAGUACUCAUAUUCCACCAGCAGAUGGCAAUGUUCUACUUCUCACAACCAUUUAGACUUAACUCAGCCUCAGGCUGACUCCCCCAGGGGGAUAGCAGCUCAGAAAAACACUAAUUCAGGGUCGAAUCAAGGACACACAGAUUCCAUAAGGGGAAUGAGGGGUUUGAGUGAGGAUUCAGACGACUCGGACACAGUUUUCUCUGAACAGCUCUCUGUCUGGUCCCAGAGACUGAAAGAAAGACUCAACACAGCACCCCCUCGACGACGGGCAUCUUCAUAUCAGCCGCAAGAGAGAAACCAUAGAAGUCUCUGCUCUCGCAACAGCUUUACAGAGCAAGACAGAAGAGAGUGUAAUGAGGACUAUUAUGAGAAUGGUGACCGAGAGAAGAGGCAGCCCAGGGUUUGGGAUCAAGAAAGAAGCCAUAGGGAGGAUCAUGAGGGUUUGCACAGGAGCCAAGAUCAGGAUAAAGACUGCAGGAUAGUGGAAGUAAGAGACAGGCGAUGUAGUCGCAGUGACUCUGUCAGGCUACCUGACGUGGGUAAACACAACAACAGAGAGUUAGCGAGGACCUGGAGCUAUAGGGACAACCCUGACAAACGUGUGCAUUUUAAGGACAACUCCGGGAGCUCUACAACGCCGCAGCAGGGUAAAAGCAGAGGAGUCUGGGAGAUGCUGGGCCAGGUCCUCAGGGAUAGGGGCGUGCCUGUGAGGUUUGGCGGCAAUGGGGCGCCACUUCAAAUAGGGCCUCAAAGCAGAGACAGCCAGGUGCUUCAUGGGAGUGAGGUCUCCUGCGGCGACUCCCUACCACAUCAGAGAGUUUUCCAAAGAGCUGCCAACACCAGGCACAGUUUCCAUGGAGAUACCCGGGAGAGGAGGAGGUUGUCACACCGAGAGAGCAGUGGGAGAGAUCACACAGAAGACCGGCACCGGAAUAAUGUGGAGCAUGAUGAAAAGGUUUAUGAGAUUAGCCGUAGAGACUCAUACCUCUCUACCAGAGAGAGGGAAGGCAGCAGAAGGGGGAAAGAGCACAGAUACACUAAUGAUGACGAGAGGGAAAGCAAUGCAAAUUACAGCAGGGUCAAAAGGACAACGAGCGAACGCAGGCAUUGGCACAACACCAUAGACGAAAGGUUAAGCUCAGAGGAGGAGCAGGAGGUGGAGAGGAGAGUAGAGCGGCCCCAUCGGAGAGGCCUCACAGCGCAGCCAAAGCUUCAGCAGCAGCCGGCCUUCAACCGGGGAUAGGUCGAGGCGCGUGGCAGAAGGUAAAACCCAGAACUGCCGCCAACUCCGAUCUGCAGAGAAAUGACUUCCAAAGAUGUACACCUCUCUGUGUACAUCAUCUCCUUUCAUCUUCCCUCAAUCAGCGUGUAAUCGGGACAAAUGUGGGUUUCACUGCUGACUAUGGGUCUCACUGAAGGCGAACAUUUUCCUGUCCAUAUCUAUAACUGCAGUUGUCCUGAAAUGAUCUUUAGUGUGGGCUUUUACUCUUAUCUUCAUCUUCAUUCCUUUUAGUUUUGUUGUGGUGAUGGGAUAAUUACCAUGGAAUGCCUUUUAAUAACCUAGCGACAUGCCCUUACAGUACAUGCUGCAUCCUUUUAUGUCUGUGGGAUUCAAAUUCAUCUGUUUGUGUAUGAUUCAUCACUGCUAUUCAUGUUUCAUAGACUUCGUAUGCAUCACAGCAUUCUUGGAUUUGACAGUCAAUUCUUCCCACCCCCACCCCCAUCCCGC